AUGUCCGAUUUGCAAUUUCCGAUUGAUGUGAGCGGCGUUCAAAAAGAUCAUCCAUUUCUGGACAAAGAUUCUCUCCAGUCGUUAUUCCGAAGACUUCACGCUCUUAAUCGUUGUGCCAAAAUGAAAAUUGAUAAUCCUCCUAAAAAUUCUAUGGACGAUUCAGACGAAGAUGAUCAAUGUGCUCUGAGUGAAAAAUGGACGUUUCAACCGGAAUCGAGAAGAUGGUCGAGAUUGUGCGACGUAGCCGAUCAUCAUCAUCAUCAUCAUCACCAUUAUCAUCAUCACGGUCAAAACGGUCAUCACGGGGAUCACAACAAUUUACAUAAUAACACAACAGGUUCUAGUAACACAUCAGAAGAAAAACCGGAUUCAUCGUUGGAAUCCUCGGAUCGUUUGAUGUCUUCCGGUGAGGAUUUGAUAGCGACCGAAGACGGUGGUGGUCCGAUCAUUGAAAAUUUCCGUUACGGAAGUCUUCCCCAGGGUUCCAUAUCGGCCGACAGCGAAUUAUUAGCCGUACGAUUUCGUCGUACGAAUAGCGAAAAAUUAAGAGACAGCGCGAAAGCCAUACUUCGACGAAUGGAAUCCCUUAAAUCCCGUCGUAGAAAAAAACAAAAUGUCGACAACGUUAUAAUAAGCGGUCCGAAAGUCGUAGACAUACCCACAAUGCAGCAAAAAAUGAAAGAUUUAAAUUGCGUCGAGGUAUCGUCCACGGCGACUUCCGGUUCUUCACCCGAAAAUUUUUCACCAUCCUUUUAUUAUCUUCCUCCUCUUUGCCAUUAUCCAUCUCCUCCUCCGUUUGCAGAUGAUAGUUCUAGUUAUUGUUCGGAUAACAGUCAGGGCACUCCGGUGUAUCAGAGAACUAAAAAUAAAUUGCACAGAGCGAAGAAAUUUUUUCAUCAUCACAGUAGGAAAUCCGACGAAUCCGGUGCUUUGUCCGAUUCGGAAAUACAACCCACGAGUUGGAAACACAAAUACGUUAAAGAUGCCAACAGCAAUCACGCAAAGGUUGUGGAUUACAUUGACGGAAGACCUCGCGGACCGAAAGAUCGAGAACCUCCGGGUACGAGUAAAACACCAUCGAGAGGUGGAAGCCUUAAUCUAGGUAAAGAAAGCCAAAGGUACAGAGAACAAGUUCAGGCCAACUUCAGACGUAAAGGUGGUAAUACUUGCAUAAACAAAUCAGGUUCUUCUGAAUUAACCGAAGAUUCUAGUGGAACGUUUGCAUCUCAUCCUGACAGCGAUCAGGAUCCAAUGGACAUCACAACUAGGCAAAGAGUGACGGUUGUGAGAUGGCACAGCUUCCAAAGAGGAUCUCUACGACGGGAUUCGUAUUAUUUAAAUUCUGAUUCGAACAUUCCGUUAGAAUAUCGAUCCAUGAACGCUUUGUCUUGCGGACAAUUGUUGGUAUUGAAAAAAAUGUCACUUUUGAAAUUAACCGCGUGCAUGGAAAAAUAUUGUCCGACUCACAGAACCGGAUGGAAUUGGGAACUUCCCAAAUUUAUAAGGAAAAUCAAAACUCCAGAUUACAAAGACAAAACCGUUUUUGGAGUUCCGUUACUUUUGUCACUACAAAGAAGCGGUCAGGCUUUACCCAAAUGCAUUCAACUGGCACUGAGGUGGUUGAGAAUCAACGCACUAGACCAAGUCGGAUUAUUUCGUAAAUCCGGAGUUCGAUCCAGGAUUCAAACGUUGAAAACGAUGACGGAAAAUCAAGGAGAAUUGAUAAGUUACGAUGGUCAUCAAGCAUACGACGUCGCGGAUAUGGUCAAACAAUAUUUUAGAGAAUUACCGGAAGCUUUGCUCACGAACAAACUAUCGGAAACGUUCAUAUCGAUAUUUCAACAUGUACCCGAAUCGUAUCGUAAAGAUGCCGUGCAGUGGGCUCUACUCCUUCUACCCGACGAACAUAGGGAAGCACUUCAAACCGUUUUGGAAUUCCUCAAUCAGGUUUCGGCAAGAUCGACGUGUAAUCAAAUGACUGCAAGCAAUGUUGCCGUUUGUUUGGCACCCUCUCUAUUUCACCUUCAUCAUCCGUCACCGAAUUCAAUGUCACGAUCAAGCUCUGCAUCCCCGAGGAGAAGGAAAACAGUUGGUGUACCUGAUCAAAGAGAAUUAGGAGAAAAUCGAGCUGCCCACGAUUGUCUUCUGUACCUGAUGAAAGAAAACAAAGAGAUUUUUACCGUUAGCGAAGAUAUGUUUUCCAGUUGCAGAUUUAGCACUAUGGAUUACAGCAUACCGAUGACGUUGGAACAAUUAGGUUCGGAAUUGGUAGACGGUUGGAGAGGGUAUCUAAGAGAAAGUAUUUCGUCAUUUUUAAGAGAAGCCAAAGAAAAGAGUCGAGGUUGGGUAUCCGUACCGUGUUCGUUGGAUAGUUUUACGGAUAUGGCUUAUAAGAAAGUCGGUGACGGUCAUCCGUUGAGGUUGUGGAAAGUAUGGACGGAAGUGGAAGCACCGCCACAGGAAUUAGUACGAAGAGUUCUUAGAGAAAGACACCUUUGGGAUUUGAGCCUUUUAAAAUGGCGAGUCGUUGCCAGAUUGGACGCACAAGCAGAAAUAUUUCAAUUCGUUUGUGGCAGCAUGCCUCCCUUGCCGGCCAAAGACUUUUGCGUAUUGAGGUCGUGGAAAACGGAUUUACCCAAGGGUGCUUGCGUCAUUGUCGAAACAUCGGUCGAACAUCCGGAUGCUUCCGUUUUGUUGGGAGGUGUCCGGGGUGUCGUAUUAGCGUCCAGAUACCUGAUAGAACCCUGCGGAUCGGGAAAAUCGAGAAUAACUCAUUUGUCGAGAGUCGACACGAAGGGUCGAUCGCCGGAAUGGUAUAAUAAAAGUUACGGUCACAUAUGCGCCAUGCACCUUUCCAGAAUCAGAACAUCAUUCAAACACAAUACGGAUGGUCCCGAAAGCAAAGUAUGA